GCGCCGGGACAGCUAGCCGAGAGCGGCGAGGCGGCGAGUGUGAGCGGGAGCCGGUCGCUGCUGUGCGGGUCUCUUGGGUGCUGGUAUCUGCUGCACCGCCUCCGCCCUCGCCGUGCGCUGUCGUCUGCGGGACCCGAAGAGCCCCAGGCGUCCCCCGACGGGGCCGAGGAGUCGGGACAGGGGUAGCCGCCGCUGAAGGAGCAGCCGGGUCCGAGCGGCCGAGCCCAAGGUCCCCGGACUUGGAGAGCUCCAUGAACCUGCCUCCUGACAAGGCCCGGCUGCUGCGGCAGUAUGACAACGAGAAGAAGUGGGAUCUUAUCUGUGACCAGGAACGAUUCCAGGUGAAGAAUCCUCCCCACACUUACAUCCAGAAACUUCAGAGCUUCUUGGACCCCAGUGUAACUCGGAAGAAGUUCAGGAGGAGAGUUCAGGAGUCAACCAAAGUACUAAGGGAGCUGGAGAUCUCGCUUCGCACCAACCACAUUGGAUGGGUACGGGAGUUUCUGAAUGAUGAAAACAAAGGCCUCGAUGUGCUGGUGGAUUACCUGUCCUUUGCCCAAUGUUCUGUCAUGUUUGACUUUGAGGGUCUGGAGAGCGGUGACGAUGGUGCGUUUGACAAGCUCCGGUCCUGGAGCAGGUCCAUCGAGGACCUGCAGCCACCCAGCGCCCUGUCGGCCCCCUUCACCAACAGCCUCGCUCGCUCUGCGCGCCAGUCUGUGCUCCGGUAUAGCACUCUCCCUGGGCGCAGGGCCCUGAAGAACUCCCGCCUGGUGAGCCAGAAGGAUGAUGUCCACGUCUGCAUCCUCUGUCUCAGAGCCAUCAUGAACUAUCAGUAUGGAUUCAACCUGGUCAUGUCCCAUCCCCAUGCUGUCAAUGAAAUUGCACUCAGUCUCAACAACAAGAAUCCAAGGACCAAAGCCCUUGUCUUGGAGCUCCUGGCAGCCGUGUGUUUGGUGCGGGGAGGACACGAGAUCAUUCUUGCUGCCUUUGACAAUUUCAAAGAGGUGUGCAAGGAGCUGCACCGCUUUGAGAAGCUGAUGGAGUAUUUCCGGAAUGAGGACAGCAACAUCGACUUCAUGGUGGCCUGCAUGCAGUUUAUCAACAUCGUGGUGCACUCGGUGGAGGAUAUGAACUUCCGGGUCCACCUGCAGUAUGAGUUCACCAAGCUGGGGCUGGAGGAGUUCCUGCAGAAGUCAAGGCACACAGAGAGCGAGAAGCUGCAGGUACAGAUCCAGGCAUACCUGGACAACGUGUUUGAUGUGGGAGGCUUGUUGGAGGAUGCAGAGACCAAGAAUGUGGCCCUGGAGAAGGUGGAGGAGCUGGAAGAGCACGUGUCCCAUCUCACAGAGAAGCUUCUGGACCUAGAAAAUGAGAACAUGAUGCGGGUGGCGGAGCUAGAGAAGCAGCUGCUGCAGCGGGAGAAGGAGCUAGAGAGCAUCAAGGAGACGUACGAGAACACAAGCCACCAGGUGCACACGCUGCGGAGGCUCAUUAAAGAAAAGGAGGAGGCCUUCCAGCGCCGUUGCCACUUGGAGCCAAGUGUCCAGGGCCUGGAGUCUUUGGGCAGCGAGGCUCUGGCCAGGGUAGGCCCUGCAGAGCCGAGUGAGGGCAUGCUGCCCUCCGAUCUGGACCUCCUGACCCCAGCCCCGCCCCCUGAGGAGACCCUACCUCUGCCUCCACCACCAGCUCCUCCCUUGCCCCCUCCACCUCCCCCGUUACCAGACAAGUGUCCCCCAGCCCCACCUCUCCCUGGUGCUGCUCCCUCUGUGGUAUUGACAGUGGGCCUGUCAGCCAUUCGAAUCAAGAAACCUAUCAAGACCAAGUUCCGGCUGCCUGUCUUCAACUGGACAGCACUGAAACCCAACCAGAUCAGCGGCACUGUCUUCAGUGAGCUUGAUGAUGAGAAGAUUUUAGAGGACCUCGACCUGGACAAAUUUGAAGAACUAUUCAAGACGAAAGCCCAGGGCCCUGCCCUUGACCUCAUCUGCUCCAAGAAUAAGACAGCACAAAAGGCUGCCAGUAAGGUGACCCUGUUGGAAGCCAAUCGUGCCAAGAACCUGGCCAUCACCUUACGCAAGGCCGGCCGCUCAGCCGAGGAGAUCUGCAGGGCCAUCCACACAUUUGACCUACAGACCCUACCAGUGGACUUCGUGGAGUGCCUGAUGCGCUUCCUGCCCACAGAGGCCGAGGUGAAGCUGCUGCGGCAAUACGAGCGUGAGCGGCAGCCCCUGGAGGAGCUGGCGGCUGAGGACCGCUUCAUGCUGCUCUUCAGCAAGGUGGAGCGGCUGACCCAGAGAAUGGCUGGCAUGGCCUUCCUGGGCAACUUCCAGGACAACCUGCAGAUGCUCACACCGCAACUCAAUGCCAUCAUUGCUGCCUCCGCCUCCGUCAAGUCCUCACAGAAGCUGAAGCAGAUGUUGGAGAUCAUACUUGCUCUAGGGAACUACAUGAACAGCAGCAAGAGGGGAGCUGUGUAUGGCUUCAAGCUCCAGAGCCUGGAUCUGCUGCUGGACACCAAGUCCACUGACCGGAAGAUGACAUUGCUGCACUUCAUUGCCUUGACGGUGAAGGAGAAAUACCCAGACCUGGCUAACUUCUGGCAUGAGCUGCACUUUGUGGAGAAGGCUGCAGCAGUGUCCCUGGAGAACGUGCUGCUAGAUGUGAAGGAGUUGGGCCGGGGCAUGGACCUGAUUCGGCGGGAGUGCAGUCUACACGACAACAGCGUCCUCCGGAACUUCCUCAGCACCAAUGAAGGCAAACUGGACAAACUCCAGCGAGAUGCCAAGACAGCUGAGGAGGCCUACAAUGCAGUUGUUCGAUACUUUGGUGAGAGUCCCAAGACUACACCUCCUUCUGUAUUCUUCCCAGUGUUUGUCCGCUUCAUUCGUUCUUACAGGGAAGCAGAACAAGAAAAUGAAGCCCGGAAGAAGCAGGAGGAGGUAAUGCGGGAGAAGCAGCUGGCUCAGGAAGCCAAGAAACUGGAUGCCAAGACCCCAUCCCAGCGGAACAAGUGGCAGCAGCAGGAGCUCAUUGCAGAGUUGAGGCGGCGCCAGGCCAAGGAACACCGGCCUGUGUAUGAGGGAAAGGAUGGUACCAUUGAGGACAUCAUCACAGUGCUGAAGAGUGUUCCCUUCACGGCCCGUACUGCCAAGAGGGGCUCACGUUUCUUCUGCGAUGCAGCCCACCAUGAUGAGUCAAACUGUUAAGCCCCAAAGCUGGGGCCCCUGACAGGCCACCACUGCCAGCCCACUGUCAUUCGACAUCAAGCCAGGAGUGCCGUACCACCCAGCAGCCCACCUCGGGCUCCAGGCCCCCACUGAGACCCUCUGGAGGGGCAGAAGCACUUCAACUCUCAAAGAGUCCUGCUAGUCCAAACAGUGGACCUGGAACCUUGGAAUCAGCCAAGGACCAAGCAGAGGUUGUGCCGGUCUCUCAACCUAGGGGCCCAGCAAUUCCCUGGUGCCUCCAGUACUGCACUUUGCCCCAAGGCCUUUAACUUCAUUUCCCGAAGGGUUGUCAAGGGUCAACGCAGUGCUGGGAAAAACCAUUCCCAGCUUUAGCCUCUACAAGGGCACCGUCCCCUCUUCGCUAGAGCCCAGAGGGGUGAGAGGAGAAAGCAACAUCUCUUUUUCUCCUUUCUUUUCCCAGCUCUGUGGGUCAGCUCUGGUCCAGAAAUAUCCAGGCUUAGUACCCAAGCCCCUGCCAAUCUCAAAUCAUCUCUUACCAGGAGCAAGGCCCUCCAUAGCCUGAGCCCCAGCCAGCUGUGCCCUAGUGAUAAGGGCAGAGGACAGACGCCAAGCUCGCUGCCCUAUCCCUUGGCCUGUUUCAGUCUAGGCCGGCUCUGUCCUGGCAGAAGUAGGCAAAAGAGUAGGGCUUUUCUCUGCACCAGCCCCAGGACAGCUAGAGAAAGGGUGUGCCAACAGCAUCCUUACCUUCUUUCUCCAGCUAGGUUUUUGUGGGGGGAGGGGGCGAGGUGGUCUUAGCUGACCACUUGCUCAGUUCCCUGCCAGUUCCUUCUCAGCCCCUGGAGAGGAAUGCAGGGCCCAUUCCUUUUUGUACAUGUACCUCCCCUUCUCUCUUGUACAUAAACCCCAGCACUAGGCCUGACUUUGUCUCCUCUUUCUGAGUUUGGCAAACUAGGGUAGCCAUUUAGCCAGACCUGGGCUGACAGGGAGAAAGGAGACUGGGAGGAGCCACAUCUGCUUCACGGGAUGUGAGCUCAGAAGCAUGGGGGAAGGGGAGCCAGGCUGGGUGGGCGCCAACCACACAAAGGGAGGCAGGCCUGCCUGUGGGACACUGGCGCCCUCUGCUGGGCAUGCGUACACCUGUCCAGCCCCCAGCCUGCCCCAGGAGCAUAUGGAGAAGACAGAGCCACUGAUCAUGUUAUAAAUAUUGUUAUUUAAAAAAAAAACAAAAACAAACAAAAAAAAAAAACCA